GUAAAACCAACAUCAUGCCAGGCCUGAUAAACAAGGGGAGACGGAAUGCUCUUCCUCUCAGUGUCUCCGACAUCACUUCCUGUGUCAGGGGGUACACCCUGGCCAUGACUGCCUCCUUGACCUACAACAACUUCGAGGACCAUUCUAUUGAAGGACUCUUCAUUUACCCUCUGGAAGAAUGCAGUACAGUUGUGGGCUUUGAAGCAAUGAUAUCCAGCCAAAUCAUAACAGUGCAAAUCAAAGACAAAGCCAAGAUUGAUGACUGUUACUUUGAUUGCUGCAGUGUAGCAAAUGAUGCCCUUCAGAGUGCAAGUGGACACAUCUUACUUGAUGAGGACCUGGAGAGGACCGUGCUGGUGGUGAACCUGGGGAUCAUCCCUCCACUGGAGACGGUCAACAUUCUGGUUAGCACAUCUUCUGAGCUGCCCACCCUGCCCCACGGGGGCAUCCGUGUCACCUCACCGCCAGUGUGUACUCCCCGGGUACAGAGGACCAUCAACGAGGAGCAGGGCCUCUCCCCAAACUUCACCAGAACGCGGGACAGACAGAACUGUCCCCUGGGUUCCCUAGACCAGACUCCUGGCUCCACACAACUGUGCAUGUCUUCUCUUCUUGAGGAGGAAGCCAUCAAUUCAAUAGACUACGAGUUUAACUUCCAGCUGGAGAUAAGGGCCCCUUAUCUCCUUGCAGGUGUGGAGAGCUCAUCUCAUGCCAUCCGGGCUGACGCUGACCCUCUGGCCCGCUCGGCCACCAGUGUGGUCAUCACCCUGGCAGACAAGUACACCUACGACUGCCCUGUGGAGAUCCUCAUCUAUCCUAGCGAGCCUCAUCUCCCUCACGUGCUGAUUGAGGAUGGAGACAUGACCCAGGAGGAGUAUGAUGAACACCUCAGGGGACGGAAUGACUACAUCAGGGCCACCAAGAAGGACUCCAGCAACGACAAGAAGGUUGAUAUUAUCCACAAACGUCUCCACAAGGACAUCCUCCACAACCCUGUGGUCAUGCUAAACUUCUGCCCUGACCUCAAGUCCAUGACCUCUGACCUGAGGAUGGUGCAUGGAGAGUUCAUCUUCCUGAUCGACCGCAGUGGGAGUAUGAGCGGGGUAAACAUCACCCGUGUGAAGGAUGCCAUGGUGGUGAUUCUGAAGAGCCUUGUGCCAGGCUGCCUCUUCAACAUUAUUGGCUUUGGCUCCACGUUCAAAAGCCUCUUCGCUACCAGCCAGAUCUAUGAUGAGGAGAGCCUGGCCAUGGCUUGUGAAUACAUCAAGAAGAUCAGAGCAGACAUGGGUGGCACAAACAUCCUGGCCCCGUUGAACUGGAUCCUGAGACAACCAAUGCACAGGGGACAUCCUCGCCUGCUAUUCCUGCUUACAGAUGGGGCUGUCAGCAACACAGGCAAGGUUAUUGAAUUGAUGCGGAGCCAUGCCCGAUAUGCCAGGUGCUAUACAUUCGGCAUCGGUCAGAGUGCCUGCAGGAGACUCGUGCUAGGACUAGCCACCGUUUCCAAAGGAACGGCAGAAUUCUUGGCAGAGGGAGAGAGACUGCAGCCCAAGAUGAUCAAGUCCCUGAAGAGGACCAUGUCUCCUGUGUUCAGUGACAUCACCAUCGAGUGGCUUUUCCCAGAAACCAAAGAGGUGUUGCUCUCCCCAGUCAGCAGCAGCUUCCUGUUUCCUGGGGAUCGCCUGAUUGGCUAUAGCGUGGUCUGUGACACCACUCGUUACCACUCCAAUCCCAAGUCUGAUAAGAGGAGGCGGUACAGUAUGAUGCGUUCCAAUGAGUCAGCCAGCUCUGUGUUCUACCACUCUCAAGAGGAGGACCCCGGGAGGCCUGGGGCUGAUGCUUUGGGGCCACAGAGAGACCCGCAAUCAGGACCCCUGUAUGACACCUACCAGGACUCUGUGUCUGAAAGCAGCCCAGUCACCACAGAACCAGACCCCCUUGUAGGGAUAGACAUUAAAACAUCACCUAGGAGACGGGCCUAUAGCACCAACCAGAUUAUGGACUACAACCCGGGGAAGAAGGUCUACACCCCCAGUGACCCCAGCUCUGUGGUGGGGAAGAACCCUCUGAGGAGGGCUAAAAUCCAAGAGCUGAUUGGCCAGACCAGCCCAGACCAUGGCGCCCAAUGGAAGAACGACUAUCAGCCACAGCUGGCGAGCCUGUGUGCCACAGCCUCCAGGGGGCGCUCUGCUAGCUGCCACAGGCCCUCCCCCCAGCAGGAAGGCCCCUCCCAAGAGGAAGACCCAGAGGUGUGCCAGCCCAGCAGCAUGAGCAGCCAGCAGGCAGCAGGCCGGAGCCACCGUGGGGCCGGGGAGGACAGCUCCAGGUCCUCCACCGACAGCCCCUCUAUCGGCAGCACAGGAGACGCAGAGGGCUACUCCCACCAGAUGUGUGAGGUGGAAGCCCCCCAGGACCCCAGUGCCCCUGACCUCAACUACACCAGUCAGGGGAGUGGCGACUGCAAGGCCAUUGUGUCUGGUCUGCUGGGUGGCAAACCGGUGAAGUGGGAAGUGGUGUUUGACAUUGAGCCCUACCUGAAAGGCCGGGAGCGAGAGGAGAAGGUCCACGAGGAGCUGUGGAACGAAACCUUCCACCACCUGGCCGGAUGCUCCAUCAUCCAGGACUUUGAGCGCAUGGCAGACAGAGAGUGUGAGAUAGAACACGGAUCAAGCAGGAGGUACCAGCUGUAUGCUAUUCACACCAGCAAGGCCUGCAAUAUACUGAGCAAAUAUACUGCUUUCAUUCCAAUUGAUCUGGACACCAAUGAGUACUUGCAGACAUCUAUCGAAUAUGUAAACCCUGGAGAGGGUCUCAAGAGAGGCUCUCACUCCAACUCCCGAUCAGGCAGCAGGAAGAACCGGGGUUACUCCAUUGGGCUGGGCCGCUCGCAGUCUGGCGCCAUGUCAGAGGAGACAGAUGAAGCGUUGCUACCCAACAAUGCUGAGGACGGUGUCUCUCCAUGCAGCACCCCCUCAUCUUCUGGCUGGGAGAGGUGCAGCUUCACCGAAGCCACUCAAAGGAGCCCAUCGGUGACCUCCGACCAAUCACAGAAGUCCGUGGAGAGUCUCUUUUCUGCCAGAUUGACUCUCAGCAGGACACGACUGCUUACCCGGGCAGCCAGGGGCUUCAUGUGUCGAACACACAGCAAGACCAAUGACUCAGUGGGAGAGAGUGACAACGAGAACAAAGACUACAUUCCUCUGGUGUCCUUGCAGCUUGCAUGUGGGGCAUUUGCCCUUGACAGCGUCUUGUGUGAGACCAUUACCGUGCCCAUGGACAAGCUCAAGUGGACGUCCCCCUUCACCAGCCACAGAGUGAGCCUGGGCCACAUGUCCCACUCUGGUAGCCGUCGUCCAGACGGUGUCGAGAACACUCGCAGGUCCACCUCUCCAUGUGAGCCAGAGGCAGCCAGCCUCCCCCAGCAACACCAGCAGCUGGGGGACCUAGGGGCCAGCACCCCCAGUCCCUCUCACCUCCACCUGGCUGGCAGUCCCAGGAAGGAGGGGGUGCCCUUCUUUCUGGCCAGCCCCGCCACCUCCACUGAACCCCUCCUCUCCCCUCACUCCCUCACAGACAGCGGGCUAGGUUCUGAGUUGGAGAACCAGGAGACGUCCCCAGCAGUGCCUCCUGGUGGCACACAGAGGAGGCUGCUGGACCAGGAGAGCAUGGUGUGGGCUACAGCUGUGGCCCUGGCCUGGCUGGAGCACAGCUCGGCAAGUUACUUCAUAGAAUGGGAGCUGAUUGCAGCCAAGGCCAGCAUGUGGCUCAGUGCCCAGAGCAUCCCAGAGGGCCGGGACUUAGCCUCCGUCAAGGCUGCCGCCAACCAGCUCUUUAUAAUACUCAGACACUGGGACGAGAACCUGCAGCUCAACAUGCUCUGCUACAACCCCAACAGUGUCUGACAGGGAGGAAGCUGUAAAGGACACUCAUUAUCAACUAUACUAUGCUACUACUGACUACUGUUACGUUGUUUGCCUUUUGGAGUUUUUGGAGUAUGUUGUCGGUGCAGUUGUGAGAAUUGCGUGACUAGGCUUUAUUCUGUUGUGUGUGAUAACUUGUAUACAUAUCAUAAGCUUCUCCGAGGCAAAAGUUAUUUACAGAGACGGUGCCAGAUAAUUAGUUAAAGAGCAAGAGAAGAUGAAAUUCAGGACAGAGAAAAUCAAUUGUGUUAGAGACAGUGCAGUGCCCUGAAAUGUUGAUAUUGACUGUAGUUAUCUGAGAAAGAAAAAACAUGUUUUCAUCAUAUUGAUGUCAGAGAGAAUCUGUCAAAACUAUUUAAAGACAGUUGUGUUCAGCUAUCUGUAUUGUAUAUAUAGUGCUGCAGUCAUCUCAAUGAUCAUAUAAAAUGUAGAGAGUUUGACACGUUCAUGUUUGAUCAGGUGGUUCACUGAGAGACCACUCCUUGCAUUUUGUACUCAUCAGCCAAAAGUGCCUAACAAUGGUUCAAUUUCAACUCUAAGUUUGAGAAUACUUACAGGUUGGAUGUACUUACAUGGAUACAUGACAAUUCUGUUUCUUUCUUGUAAUUUACAUCUGUAAAAAUAUGUGAUAUUUGAUCAUGUUUUCAUUGUAAUGCCUAUAAUCAUGCAGACCCUGUAUUAAGUCCUGUCUGUGGCUUUCUUGACUUGAUAUAUUGACUUGAAUAUUGCUAAUUGAAUGGAAGAGAUGUGUAUCCCUGUUAUGUCCUUCCCUGUCAUAUCUAUUUUGAGUGUGUUUCAGUAUUCCUUACUUGCUUUGUACUUCUAAGUGUUGUUGUUUUACUCAGGUAUUAUUUUACCCGGGCUGGAUUUCAGCCAUCCACCUGCAUGGAGUAGCAUGUUUAUGUUUAAAGUAUUAAACCUGUGUUCCCGCAUUUGGAACGUACUGUAUUUUGCGGCAGUGGUCUGUCUAAAAAGAGAUGUGUCAUACUUGAGAUGUCACCAACAAGCUUUUAGUGAAUGUGGCAACUGGCUUUUAUUGUGAGAAGGUGUGUUUCCACAUUUUGAGGUAAAUUGUAUCUCUCAAGUUGCUGUGUACUUUGAAAAGGUUUUUUGACUGUUUGAGGGUUUGAAAGCCCCUUGUGUCGGUUUAUAUGUCAAUGCUAUGACCUGCAUGUCAUAAAAACAACUUUCCAGUA